CUACUAGCGUCGAUGCGGCAAGAAAACCGAAUUACUUAGAUACUAGUAUAACAUCCUACGACGACGUGGCCGGAGCAUUGUGCAAUCAGUUCCAUCAUUUCACUUCCUUUUUAGUUGACUCAUCCGCAGACACCAAGACGACGUUAACCAGUUCCUGGUAGACUCAUUUUAUUACCCGUCGUCGCCACCUAACCCCCGGAAUACAUAUAACCCCACUAUCUCUUUCUCCUUUUUUUUUAUAUAUCCGCGCCUUCAUCAUGGCCUCCAAUGUACUUCAGGAUCCAAUGGCGUCUUCACCUUCCAUUCCUCAACAAGGUCCCCGAUUCCGUCCGUACGCGAGUCCAAAUCACUCCGUCGUCAAAGGUCGCUACAUCACAAGUAAUGACCCGAGAGGUUACAUUCCAGUAUACGAAUACCCGCUAAAUGGUCAAUGGAUUAUGAUGGAUAUUGAUGAUGGUUAUAUUUUGUGGACUGGCAUUUGGAAAGCUCUCGGUAAUUCAAAGGCCGACAUCGUCAAAAUGAUCGAUUCACAGCCUGACUUGGCACCUGUUAUCCGCCGUGUGCGGGGAGGGUAUUUAAAAAUCCAAGGAACAUGGAUGCCUUACGAGGUUGCCCUCCGGCUUUCACGACGAGUGGCUUGGCCAAUCCGUGAAGAUCUAGUGCCACUUUUCGGACCAACGUUCCCAAGCACAUGCCUCUCUCCAGACCAACCAGGCUAUGGACAAGUCGUAUCCAAUGGUUCCGGGCGGAGGCGAUCGCGUCGGAACAACCAAGUAGUGGCACCAGCGCCACCUGUUCCUCGUGAUUCACAAACAUCAUGGUCCAUCCCCGCUGCAGGGCCAAGUGCACAUCCUAGCUCAUCAGCGCAUUAUCUGCCUCCGGGACAGCCAGCUUCCCUUCCAUCAAUGAUGUACAGAGAACCCUCAUCUUACGCUCAUCCACAGCGCACAAGUCCGCCGCUACAUAUAUCCUCUUCUGCAUCUCCAAUCAUGCGUGAGCGCUCCGUGCGGUCGCGGUAUUCUCCCUAUCCUGCUUCAUCGUUUCUGCCUUCUCGCAAAACUUCGGUUGCAACAAGUGACUCAGUUUCGCUAGAUAUUCCUUCAAUUUCUCUACAGGAGCUCGAUCACGACCCUCGGAACGGCAAAUUCCCCGGAGAUCAAAUUGUGCUGCCCCCGAUUCAACCGUUGGCUCCUCCCAGGCACAUUAGCAGCCCAUCAUACGCACUCCCUCCUAUUUCUGCGCUCGAAGACUUGCGGGGAAUUUCUACGUACGACUCUGCAGCGGUGCUAGAACGCUUGAAGAUGAAAGACGAAUAUCCUGCUGACGCCAGACAUGAGGUCACUCAGUGGCCAAGACAAAGGUCAAUAUCGACAUCACAUCAACGUGCUCCACAAUCCUAUCCGCCAACUUCCUGGCCGAGACACGGAUCAGGCACACAUCGCUCCUCCUUGGAUGGACCCUUUGGCGCAGAACCCCAAAGAUCGUACCGAACGCCACAUUCGCCAGAGCUCAGCUUGAGUUACCAUUCAUCUCACGACGGAAGUUCCGUUGAUGGCGCAUCUCCUGUAUCGCCCACCACACCACGUUCCGCAGAAGUCCCCUCGUUUAAAUCGAGACAUGUUGACCAGAUGUCACCGGGGAAACGCCGCGGCUAUGAGCCAUCGCCUCCUGAUGUACAGAGGUACAGCCACAAAUCCGCUGCUGGCUUCCAUGCCGAGGCAGAUUCUCGGCUAUCAGCUUGUCGUCACUCCUGCGAUGAUGACGAGGCUGAAUCUGAUUCGCCGAUGCGAGGGCCACUUCGUCCGUGGUAGUGUGGUUGAGUUUGAUUUCAAUUCUUUCAUGCUUUUUCAUGCCCCUCAUGGUCGUACAUAUUCACUUUCGUCCGCACUGUCGGCUUUAAUCAUCUGCCGUAUUUGAUUUUAUACUCUCUUGUUUGCUAUCGUUGCAUGAGUUUACGCUGCAUUGAUUUAGUUUUAGUUGUAAUAUAGGGUCACGUAUAAUAAUUUUACUUUGAUAGGGUGUGCAGUUGACCCCCCUCAGUUCA